AUGAAUACAGUUCCAGCCGUUAACAAAUCUCAGGAUGGCCCAUUUACUCUUGCAACUCUUAUGGCUGUGUUGUUUGAUCCAAUCGAAGAAAUCCUCUUCUUAGUUCUUACUCCUUUCAAUGGGGCGGGAGAUGAGAGAUUCAAAUUUGAAAUUCAAACGAAUGAUCUAACUAACUCUGGUUACAACGUUAUUCAGAUGUGUUCUGGAACUAAUGAAAGAAAUUUAAUUGGAAAGGUGAAAUGCAAAAGUGGUCCUUGUGUAGGAUGGGUGCAUUCAUUUACAGUAACAGAUAAUUUUGUUAUUGUCCCUGAAAUGCCCAUGAAAUAUCAUCUAGAGAGUAUGUUAAGUGGGGAUCUCUUACAAUGGCAUCAGGAUGCUAAAGCAUUUAUGCACAUAGUUUGUAAAGAAACAGGAGAGACAGUUGCUUCUGUUGAGGUUCCUCAAUUUAUGACUUUUCACUUCAUCAAUGCUUAUGAAGAGAAAGAUGAGGCUACUAGCAAGCCCAUAUCAGUCAUAGUUGAUUGUUGUGAAUAUAAUAGUAGUGUUGCAAUCAUGGAAAGAAUACUCCUACAAGAAUUAAGAUCAUUUUUUGGAGAGGAUAGUCUUCCAGAUUCAAGAGUAGGACGCUUUACUGUACCUCUCAAUGGUAGCCCAAGAGAAACAUUAGAUAUUGUAGUUCCAUCAAAGGAGCACGGAAGGGGGAUAGACAUGUGCAAUAUUAAUCCAAAAUACAAAGGAAAGGAGUAUCGUUAUGCAUAUGGAUGUGCAGUAGAGUGCCCUUGUCAUUUUCUCAAUUCUCUUACAAAGAUUGACUUGAAAGAGAAAUCAGUAAAGAAAUGGUAUAGUGAAGGGAGCAUUCCCUCUGAACCCUUCUUUAUAGGACAUUCUGGAGCAAAGGCAGAAGAUGAUGGAGUGGUGAUAUCAAUAGUGAGUGACAAAGAUGGUCAUGGGUUUGCUAUAGUUUUAGAUGGAUCCACCUUCACUGAGGUUGCUCGUGCAAAGCUUCCUUAUGCACUCCCAUACGAUUUGAAAAGGCGCUUGAAAGUUUUUAAAGAAGAUGUUGAAGUUAUUGUGCAAAAUGUCAAAGGAAUAAAAGAUGAAUGCAUUGAACAUUUGGAAAGAGCAGUGGAAAGUUGA